AUGGCCAUUCUCCUCCCAGAUUUCAAGCCACAAGAGGUCAGUCAAACAAUUGAAGACACAUUGGGGGAUGUGAAGAGGGAUAUCACAAAGUUCAGUGGGGCUUAUGCUCGAGCUAUGAGUGCACGCAGCGGUGGCCAAUCUGAUGACAUGGUACUAAAAACAGCCCAUGAGUUGUUCAAGGGACAAAACAAGGAUAAGUCAUUCAUAUAUGAGUAUCUGUGGAAAGUGGCCAAGGAGAUGCCCAAAUGGCGUAGAAUCAUCCAAGAGGAGAGCACAACAAAAAGGACCAAGCUAUCUAACUCAGGAGCGUGCACUUCUUCGUCCAACCAAGACACAGAGGGGGAAACCAUAAGUAAAGAGGAACGUCCUGAGGGGCAGAAGAAAGCGAAGGCAAGGAUCAAAGGGUCAGGAAAAUCUGCUGCACCAACUCCUUUGAGCAACCAACCAAGUCAGAAUAUGGUUAUGUAUCUUGAAGCUAUGUCAAUGAAAGCAAAAACAGCAAGAGACAAAAAGUAUAAGACCUAUUUAAAACUAUUGGCAAUAGAUACCUCAAACUUCAAUGAAAAAGAAAAAAAUAGGCAUGACAGCAUACUGGACCAGAUAGCAAAAGACUUGGCUAAGUAG